GUUGGUUUCUCCCUCUCAAGCAAAGGCAAACAACAUAGAGAUCCAUUGCUCCUCCUCCUUCACAUUCAAAGGAUUGAGCUUCCUUAUCUGAUUCUUUGCUGUACGAGUUUGUGUCUUCAUAUCUUUCUUGCCUUUUUAUUCACAGACUCUGCGUUUGCUUCUUCUGUUUUUCCUCUGUUUCUUCAUGUACUAAUUUGCUUAGUUACUUUCAUUUUUUGAUUUUAUCUCUAAUUCAUCAAUAUGUCUGAAUCCAAUCCACACACACCCUUAAUCCCCAAAUCCCAUUCCCUUAAGCUUCCUGAUUUCAAACAAUCUGUUAAAUUGAAAUACGUUAAACUUGGCUACCAUUACCUAAUUACUCAUGGAAUGUACCUUUUCUUGCCCCCUUUAGUUCUUCUAGUUGCUGCACAGCUUGCCACAUUCUCUCUUCAGGAUCUCCAUGACCUCUGGGAUCAUCUUCGUUUCAAUCUCAUAUCUGUCAUCUUAUGUUCCACCCUUCCUGUCUUUCUGUCCACCCUUUACUACCUUACUCUCCCCCGCCCCGUUUACCUUGUUGAUUUCUCUUGUUACAAGGCGGAUGAUGCUAGGAAAUGCACCAGGCAGAUUUUCAUGGAAAGGUCCAAGAUGAUUGGUACUUUCACUGAGGAAAACCUUGAGUUUCAGAGGAAAAUUCUUGAGAGGUCUGGUCUUGGGGAGUCCACUUAUCUUCCAGAGGCUGUUCUGAGGGUUCCUCCUGAUCCUUGCAUGGCAGAGGCAAGGAAAGAGGCUGAGACUGUGAUGUUUGGUGCUCUUGAUCAGCUUUUUGAGAAACUAUCGUUGAAACCAAAAGAUGUUGGGAUUUUGAUAGUGAAUUGCAGCUUGUUUAAUCCUACACCAUCUUUGUCUGCAAUGGUUAUUAACCAUUACAAGCUUAGAGGGAACAUUAUUAGUUAUAAUCUAGGUGGGAUGGGAUGUAGUGCUGGCUUGAUUUCGAUUGAUCUUGCCAGAGAUCUUCUUCAAGUGCAUCCCAAUUCCUAUGCUUUGGUCAUUAGUAUGGAGAACAUCACUUUGAAUUGGUAUUUUGGCAAUGAGAGAUCGAUGCUUGUUUCGAAUUGCUUGUUUAGGAUGGGGGGAGCUGCAAUAUUGCUCUCAAACAAGAGGUCAGACAGGUGGAGGUCAAAGUACAGGCUAGUCCACACCGUUCGAACCCAUAAAGGCUCUAAUGAUAAAUGCUUCUCCUGUGUCACACAACAGGAGGACCCUACUGGAAGGAUUGGAGUUGCCUUAUCAAAGGAUCUGAUGGCAGUUGCUGGGGAUGCUCUGAAGACUAAUAUCACCACUCUUGGUCCUCUUGUGUUACCCAUGUCUGAACAGUUACUCUUCUUUGCCACAUUAGUUGGGAAGAAACUCUUCAAGAUAAAGGUGAAGCCUUAUAUACCAGACUUCAAGUUGGCCUUUGAGCAUUUCUGCAUUCAUGCAGGGGGAAGAGCUGUACUGGAUGAGUUGGAGAAGAACUUGCAGCUUUCAGAUUGGCAUAUGGAGCCUUCAAGAAUGACUCUACACCGAUUUGGUAACACAUCAAGCAGCUCUCUUUGGUACGAAUUGGCUUAUUCAGAGGCCAAGGGGAGGAUGAAGAAGGGGGACAGAACAUGGCAGAUAGCAUUCGGUUCUGGGUUCAAGUGCAACAGCGCAGUUUGGAAGGCAUUGAGGACCAUAAAUCCAGCAAAGGAGAAUUCGAAGAACCCAUGGAUGGAUGAGAUUCAUCAAUUCCCAGUGGAUGUUCCUAAGGUUUCAGCCAUCUAGAAUCCAGUGUUGUCUCUGCUCCUGUGUGUAAUGUCCAAUAUUUUGGGACUAGUUGUGAAUUGAUUAGGACAAGAACUUCAUCCACUAUGUUAUGUUGUAUAGUUUUGUAAUUUCUUUAGUUUGUGCAAUCGAAAGUCUCAGUAGUGCUACUAUAUAGAGGGUUAGCCACAAAACCAAACAACUGUUAUAACCACCAUGAAUCAAAGUUAAUUUCCCUA